UAAAAGUUCAGGAAUCUGUCAGACCUCCACAACUUCCAGCUUAUACACACCCACACACACCACACCAGGACAAGGACCAGGGACGCACCAUUAACCCCGAGACACGACCAAAGACAAAUCCGGCCAUUUUCCUGUGGAUUAAAGAACCUUAAAGAACCAGUAAAAUGAGAUGGAUUCAGACGGCCCCUCUUCUUUUUAUGUUUCAAUCUGUGACCCUGUCAGCAGGUAUAGAGAUUCAGUCAGAGCCAGCUGUGAAUGCAGAAGAACUCAUCCGCACAGAGCUGGAUAAGACGGUUUCUCUGACCUGUCUGUCCAGUGGAAGUGCCGGGGCAGAGCAGGAUCAGGAGUUAGUCUGGUUGAGGAAUGGGGCUCUGGUAAAUCUAAUGGAGGGCAACAGGGAAGGUCAGAGCAGACUAUGUGUGUCGCCUGUCACCCGCGAAGAUGACGCCGCCACCUUCACCUGCCAGAUGAAGGGAGAUGCCAGCGUUAACGCCUCGGUCACUCUGGACGUCACAUAUGCCCCAGUGCUCUCUGCGACGGCGGAUGUGCUGUUGGAGGAGAAGGCCACGCUGGAACUGCAAUGCGACAUCCGCGCCAAUCCACCUGUAGAAGUGUCAUGGCAAAAAGAGGACGCUGUCUUGGACCUAUCAGCCGGUGGCUUCACGGUGACCACUGACGGCUUUACAACCUGGCUAAAAGUUGGCGCGGUGGACAGAGGCUUGCAUCAGGGCACAUAUCGUUGUGUAACAAAGUCUCCCAUGUAUGGAACGCAGAGCAAGGCCUUUAACGUCACCAUCACUGAUAAAGUCAUGGGCUUCCCUCUGAUGCCGCUGGUGGCAGGUCUGGUGGUGGUGUUCUGCACUUCUGUUCUCGCUGUUGUCUCACGGUGGGAGAGGAUCACCAAGUGCUGCAAGUCAAACUGAUCUGAGGUAACUGGACCGCUCAUGCUCAUAAAGAAAUGAGGAAAGCCGUCAAAACGCUUCAGCAUUCUUGUGUAUCUCAAGGACCCUGUGUAGAAUAUGCUCUUUUAUAUGAUAUUUAAUUGCUAUUAAACAUUUGACAUUUAUUCAUAACUGACUAAAGGUUGUGUGC